CAUUGACAAUUCAAUUUAAGGUUAUGUUAUGCUUUUCAAAAUAUAAUUGAAAAUAAUUUAAGAUUGUUUGUAACAAUAGGUUACAAAAAACAAUGUUUUCCCGAAACUUAAGAAAUAUCUGCCGGAGAUAUUCACAAAAUGUCACAUUCAGGACUGUUGAAGCAUCCCCGGCGCAGCAAAAUGAUAACCAAAUAGGAUUAUUUUAUACUUUGGACAAAAAUUUGUCCAAAAAGUUGUUUGGCCAAGGCGGUUUGCCAAAUAGUUAUAGAAAACAGACAAAAACGUUUACAGAAACAAGUCUCAUGGUGCGACAGCCGGCUCUUGAUGUUAUUAAUUGUAUCAAAUCAAGUGAUUUGAACCAACCUGCAGUCAGAUAUGUACUAUAUGGUGAGAUGGGAGCAGGGAAGACAUUGACCAUGGCACAUCUCAUACAUUAUGCACAUGAUGAUGGCUUUUUAAUUGUACAUGUACCUGGGGUAUCACAGUGGCUAUGGAAGGUGCCUCGCCUGAAGGAGAUGUCCAACUCGCAGACAAGAGAGGGUUUUGUGGACCUCCCACUAGACGCCGCGGCUUGGCUUCUGCACUUCAAGACACAAAACCAAGUGCUAUUGAAGAAUGAAGAUCUUAAAAUAUCCAAAGACUAUGUUUGGAGUAAACGAGAGACGACGCCCGCGGGCGCUUCACUCGCCGACCUGGUGGAGCAAGGCAUUGCGCGUGUAAAAUACGCCUGUGACGUCAUCGACGCACUAAUCUACGAAAUUAAACUGCUAUCAAAUAAUAAUAAGUGUAAAACAUUUGUAGCAAUAGAUGGAUACAAUUGUUUCUUCUACCCACGGACUAGACUCCGCACUCCUACAAAAAAAGUUGUUAUGCCAGAAGAAGUUUCUUUAACAACUUCAUUUAUGGAGAUUACAAAGAAUGAUUGGAAAAAUGGUGUAAUUGUGUUAACAGUGGAGGAUAUUGCUGUACCAAGAGAUCAUCAAGAGAGCUACUUGCCUAGAUAUUUACUUUACAAGAAGGGAUUUGAACAUUUGGACCCAUUUGUUCCAGUAAAAGUUAAUAGGUAUUCGGACAAGGAGUUCCUAACAUGUGCUAGUUACUACAGGGACAGACUUUGGCUGCGAGGACCUGAACAACUUGAAAGUGAAUUGAAACUGGCCAGUGCUUGUAAUCCUUAUAAAUUCAUGGAGCUCUGUGCACCACUGUAGAUAAUGUUGCCAUUAAAUAGUAUUUAUAGAUGA